CAGGUAGGUGGAGACUAAAACAAAUCCGAAGCACACCUGGACACUUUUAACUUUACACCUGUGCUGUUCGCUACUGAGAAUCUCGCCGUUCAUCCAUCCAGCUCAAGCCCGUCUCAUGGAUCCUAGCGCGGGGUCUGAUAACCUGCAAUCCCGCGAUACCGCAGAGGACGGCCAGGGUACCGCGGGGGAUGGAGGAGCCGCUCCAGCAACAGAAAAACCUCCUUAUUCGUACGUGGCUCUCAUUGCAAUGGCCAUCAGAGAAAGCGAGGAGAAGAAGCUGACCCUGAAUGACAUCUACAGCUUUAUCGUAUCCAAGUUUCCAUACUACGAGAAGAAUAAAAAAGGAUGGCAGAACAGCAUCAGGCACAAUCUGAGCCUCAACGAGUGCUUCUUGAAGAUUCCCCGGGAGAGUGGCGGGGAGAGGAAGGGGAACUUCUGGACGCUAGACCCAGCGUUUAGCGAUAUGUUUGAGAAAGGUAAUUACAGGCGCAGGAGGCGCGUCAAGAGACCCUUCCGACCACCACCCUUACCGUCUGGAUUUAACUUCACCGACUCGUACUGCCUGCAACAGGAGCCCGUUUACUGGCAAAGCCCGUUCGUCAGCACCAGCUCCUGGAGCCACCAGUCCUGCUCUCCGACGCACGGCUACCUGCAGCCCAUGCUUGGUAACGCGCGCCCCCUGUCUCCAAACGAUUACGCCAACUCCCCCGUGAAUUAUUACCACGGUCAACACCAUCACCUUCAUCCAUCCUACAGACCGUACCACCGGCAUCCGAACGCUCUGGUGCCUCUGAGCGGCAUGACUCCGCCGGUGAGCCCUGGAGGAAGCUCCAUCUCCGCCUGCAGCUACCCGCCGCACAACGGCCUUCCCGAACAGGUGCAUCAUCCGUUUAACUGACGGACAGACACGUGAAAACUGAACAUAAGUAGGCUAAAAAAUUCAUUUGGAUCUAGAUUUGCUGUUUUUGUUACGUUAAUCUUUAGAAAUGUUAAACGUGCUGUUUCAAGUCAGAAUGGCUGAAUGGCUGGUUAAGAUUAGGUCGAAAUGUUGCAGUCGCUGCAUUAGUUUGUUUACUGUAUAGCCUAACUAAUGGGUUUACAGUUGUGUUUUGUGGAUUUUCACAAAUUAUAUAUUGUUACAUUG